AUGAAUAAAGAUAAGGACUUCUGGGAGGGAAUAAGAAAAUGGGAUAUAAUUUACAUGAGUGAGACAUGGGUGCAGAAGAAAGGGUGGGAGAAGGUGAAAAGGUGGUUACCAAAAGGAUAUAGAUGGGAGAUACAAGAGGCAGGGAAAAAGAAUAAAAAAGGUAGAGCGAUAGGAGGGAUAGUAAUGGGAAGAAGGGAGGAAACAGAGAUAGAAGGGGAAGUAGAGGAAGAUGAGGAAGAAGGAAUGAUGAUCAUAAAGGUAAAAAUAGGAAAAGAAUGGUGGAGGAUAAUAGGAGUAUAUGUGAACAAGAAUUUAGAUAGGAAAAUAGAGAAGCUAAGAAAAUGGAUGGAGAACAGGGAAGAAGGGGUAAAAACACUGAUAGGUGGAGACUUUAAUGCAAGGACGGGGACCGGAGGAGGAGGAGAGGAAGGGGAUGAGGAAAGGGUGAGAGGAAGAAAAUCGAGAGAUGAGAAGAGUAAUGGGGAGGGAAGGAGAUUAUGUAGAUUUUUAGAAGAAAUGGGAUGGUCAAUAAUGAAUGGAAAUACAGAGGGGGAUGAGGAGGGAGAGUGGACAUAUACAGGCGGAAGAGGAGGAACGGUGAUAGAUUACGUGGUGGGAGAUAGAGAAACAAGAAGAAGCGUGAAAAGGUUGUUGGUGGAGGAGAACACGGAGUCGGAUCACCAACCUUUGACG